CCCCACCCCCCAGAGCCCAAUUCCCCCGCCUCGCCGACGAGAUCUCGCUGCUCGCCGGCGCUCCUCCCUCCCUCUCCCGCACACAGUACCCGCGCGCCCGCCAUGGCGACGCGGAACCGGACGCCGCUCUACCGCAAGUACCGCGACGCGCUGCGCCACGUCCGCGCGCCGGCCGGGGCGCCCUCCUCGUCUUCCUCUUCGGGAGGAGGCGGAGGCGGGCCGGUGAUCGAGAUGGCCUCGCUGCUGCGUCCCGACCGUAACUACGCGCCCCUCAGCACCGACGACCCCUCCGCCGCCUCCAGUAGAGGUGCGGUGACGGUCGGGCUGCCUCCAGCCUGGGUGGAUGUCUCCGAAGAGAUAUCUGCAAACAUGCAGCGAGCAAAGACGAAAAUGGCGGAGCUGGCUAAGGCGCACGCCAAGGCCUUGAUGCCGUCCUUCGGUGAUGGUAGAGAUGACCAGCGAGCAAUUGAGGUUCUCACGCAUGAGGUGACAGACCUGCUGAAGAGGUCAGAAAAGAAGCUGCAGAAGCUGUCCAUGAAGGAUUCCUCGGAGGAUUCAAAUAUCCGAAAAAAUGUCCAGCGUUCCCUUGCUACAGACCUGCAAAAUCUUUCGAUGGAAUUCCGGAGAAAACAGUCGUCGUAUUUGAAGCAGCUUCGCCAACAGAAAGAGGGGCAAGAUGGUGUUGAUUUGGAAAUGAAUAUUAACGGGUCUAAGUCGACAUUUCAACUUGAAGACGAUGAAUUUGAGGAUGUGGGUUUCACUGAGGUUCAGAUGUCAAAACUUAAGAAAAGCGAAGCAUUCACUAGAGAAAGAGAAAGAGAAAUUGAACAGGUUGUCGAAUCGGUCAAUGAGCUUGCACAGAUCAUGAAAGAUCUUUCAGUUCUUGUGAUUGAUCAGGGAACAAUUGUUGAUCGGAUAGACUACAAUAUACAGAAUGUUGCAGCUUCAGUUGAAGAGGGUUAUAAACAAUUGCAAAAGGCUGAGAGGACACAAAAGAAAGGAGGCAUGGUGAUGUGUGCCACUGUCCUCGUCAUUCUUAUCUUCAUCAUGAUAAUCCUCCUGAUUUUGAAGAAGAUCCUUUUCUGACGUAGUUCUUUCUUUUUACGGUUGAUGGAAGCCUUCUAAGUGAACACCACACACAUAUACUCUUUAUGUGAGUGACUAUGCUGUGCCUGCUUUCUGGAAAAGAUGCACCAUGCGAUAAGAUUUAGUGAUCUCAAAAGACACCUCUUCUGCCCUUGUUCAGUCUUCCACAAUUUUUGCAGCACUGCGAGUGUAGAAAUGUCAUUCAUACGGGCCUCAUUUUUUUAUGGAGAGUUGUGCUGACACAAAUCACACCUACCUGUUUCUGUUUGUCUUGGAGCAGCCAGGUCUGGUUUUGUAUGUUCUGUAUAAAGCUGUACCAUCACCUGAUUUUUAAAAAAAUAUCAAAAGUAGCUUCACCUUCUGUGCCACUAUCAUUCUGUCUAGUUUUUGAAGUCAACAUUUCAGUGUACCAAUGAUCCAAACAUUUUUUGUGAUAAUUUCUCUUGUUUUAUUCUCAUGCUGUAUCAUUUUUUCUCAUCACAAUGCUUUCUAAGGUGUACCUCA